UCCCCGUUCAGGUCUUUCAUCAGAGUCCCAGGAUCGCACUCAUUAUUGUCACCUCUCCAGCGACAUUCAAGAAGAAUCUCGAUGUCGACAACGAUUGCAGUCCUGCCCGAAGCCGACCUCAAAGAUGGCCAGAUGAAAGAAGUUGCGUUCGGUGAGGGUGAGGGAAAAGUUCUCUUAUCGCGACUAGGCGACAAAGUCUAUGCAACUAGCGCGUUUUGCACUCACUAUGGAGCACCCUUGGCUAAAGGUGUUCUGGCUGCUGAUGGGAGGGUUGUUUGGCGCGUUCAUUUCCAUGGCAUGGCGGUAUGUUGCUGUCCCAUAUCGCAGUUACUCCAUUUGCGAGAGAUUCGAUUAGCGUGCUUUAACGUUUGCAACGGCGACAUCGAGGACGCGCCAGCGCCUGACGCCCUUCACUCGUUUGGCGUCAAAAUCACUAACGGGCAGAUCCAUGUUAGUGCAGACCCAGCGAACACACUCAAAUCCAAUAUGGCCCGUCCUCCAACGCUCGUCGAUGCCACUGAUGUCAGCGCGGGACGAGGAGUGGUCAUCGUAGGCGGCGGAUCAGGAGCUUUUCAUACCGUCGAGAGUCUAAGAGAGAACGGAUACAAAGGUCCCAUCACCAUUCUUACCAAGGAGAAACACACGCCCGUAGACCGCACUAAAUUGAGCAAAUCGCUCAUGUCCGACGUCUCCAAACUCGAGUACCGAACUGCAUCGGUAUUGAAAAUUCAAUAUGCAACCAAUAUUCGUGUCGGAGUUACUGCCACUUCAAUCGACUUCGACAAGAAGCAAGUUGUUCUCGACGACGGGAAAGAAACUGUCUCGUAUGAGAAGCUGGUUCUCGCGCCGGGCGGUGAGCCGAGGAAACUCCCGAUUCCCGGAGCAGAUGCCCAAAAUGUGUUUACUUUGAGGGGUGUUGACGAUGCUAAGAAGAUUGACACAGUGGCGAAAGAGGGCAAGAGGCUGGUCGUAAUCGGAUCCUCUUUCAUCAGUUUGGAGCUCGUUGCUGCAGUAGCCAAGCGCAAGCUUGCCUCAAUUGAUGUGAUUGGUAUGGAAGAGGUGCCGUUCGAACUUGUUCUUGGUAAAGAAGUUGGCAAGGCAUUACAAAAGUUCCACGAAUCGCAAGGCGUCAAGUUCCAUCUGCAGACCAAGACAGACAAGAUUGUGACAAAGGAAGACGAUGAGACGACUGCAACUGGCGUUGUCGUGAAUGGGGAAACACUUCCAUGCGAUCUGGUGGUCAUGGCUGUUGGUGUUGCACCCGCUACGAAGUUCCUGAAAGAGAGUGGUGUGCCGACUGAACGAGAUGGGGGUGUUCGUGUUGACGAACAUUUGAAGCUUGUUGGUUACGAGGACGUGUUUGCUAUUGGUGAUAUCGCCCAUUAUCCUCAACACCCAACCGGCGAGUUGAGACGAAUUGAGCACUGGAAUGUUGCUGGGAAUCAAGGAAGGGCUGUAGGUAAAACUAUUGCGGGUAAACCACAGCCAUUCGUCAAGGUCCCCUUCUUCUGGAGCGCCCAAGGCCAAAACAUCCGAUACUGUGGAAUCGGCCAGGGUUUUGAUGAUGUCUUCAUUACUGGCAAUGUCGAGGAGCACAAGGCAGGUGUUUUCGUUGCCUAUUACAUCAAGAGCGAUAAGGUCGUCGCCGUAGCUUCGAUGCAAAACGACCCGGUAGUCAGUGCCUCGACAGAACUGCUUCGAUUGGGGAUCAUGCCAACUCUGGAAGAGUUGCGAGCCGGCGUGGACCCACGGAACAUUGACAUUUCAACCGCGAACAGUCUGAAGGACGUAUAA